AUGCUGAGCCCAAAUGCCCAGAUGCAUGACAUAAUGAAGGACGCACUAAAUCUAUCGUCUGAUUUCACCAAGUUGGACUAUAUACUCAUACUGGCAGGAUCCAAUGAUGCCCAUAUCAGAGGUUGCAUAUACAGUGAGUCGCUAGGGAGAAUAAUUAGAAAUAUGGGACACACUAACACCAUAGUAGCAACAGUUCUAGAGUGGAAAUGCAGGCGUCCCGUACUAAAUAGUAUAAUUCAAGGUAUUAAUGAUCAAAUACGUUAUACUGCAAGGGAAAAUACCGCAAACCUCUUAGAUAUAGACAGUGGCCUUCAACAUUAUCACUUCAAGAAAAACUCAAACAUGUUUAAUAAUGCUGGUAAACACAUGAUAUGCAACAUAAUAAAGGAUAUCAUUAACUCAAAGAAAGUGAACGCCGAUAAAAUAAGCAAAAAUCCCGCCGUUGUGAACGCGAUAUUGCCUCUUAAAAAAAAGUCUGCCGAUGAGUGUGGUCAAGCCAAUCAGGUCAUACAGGAAUUUCCAAUGUUGCAGAGAACAUCUUUAACAAGCUCUAUACAUCCGGGCAACAAGGAACAACAUCUCCUGCCACCAUUGAAACAACCGUCGACUUCAAGUAAAGCGAAAGGAACUAAGGCCGUACAGAAAUCAUUUUUUCAUCGAACAGCCUCACAAAAAUUAACACAUUCAAAUUAG